UUUCAAUAGAAUGUUGCGACAGUUUGUCAGCAUCCACUUGUUGUUUAAGCUUGAAGUCAAAACAGUUUCUCGCUCUACAAUUGACACCGUCUUUUUUUUUUGAUUAGUAAGAAUAUAUUACAAUUGACACCGUCUUUGCAGUCCUCUUCCCGAAUUCUAGAGAGCGUAAGAGAGACAGAUAGAGAGGCAGAGAAGAGGAGAAAUAUUCUUGAGUUGUAGCAUCUGGAAUGGAGUCGAUGGACUUUGAGGCAAGUUCUAGCAGUUCUCUGUACACUCCAUCCACGUCCCUUCCUCUUCCUGGUGGCGAAUACGAUGUCUUCUUAAGUUUCAGAGGCCCAGACACUCGUCUCACCUUCACCGAUUUCCUCUACACCUAUCUCGAAGACGUUGGAGUUCGAACCUUUCGAGACGAUAACGAGCUUCGCAGAGGAGAAGAGAUCGGACCAGAGCUCCUCAAAGCCAUCACUGAGUCGAAGAUCUCCAUCCCAAUUUUCUCCAGAAACUAUGCUUCCAGCAAAUGGUGCCUCCGCGAGCUCGCCCAAAUGGUGGAGUGCAGGAGAACAUUAGGGCAAUUGAUUUUACCCAUUUUCUACGAUGUGGAACCCUCGGAUGUGAAGCAUCAAUCUGGGUUUUAUGAGGAGGCGUUCCGCGAGCACGAGAGGUGUUUGGAUGACAGGACUGUUGGGAAAUGGAAGGAGGCAUUGAGAGAGGUUGGAGCACUCAAGGGCUGGGAAGUCAAGAAAGAAGCUGAUGGGUAUCAAGGAAAACUAAUAAAGACGAUUGUUCCAACAGUUUUGUUAGAGCUAAAGAAGAAUUACAUGGUUGUAACUGACAAAAUGGUUGGAAUCGAUCGUCAUGUGGAAGAAUUAAUGAGAUCAUUGAACAUUGUAUCCAAUGAUGUACGGAUUGUUGGAAUCCAUGGCAUGGGUGGUAUUGGCAAGACAACUAUUGCCAAAUACAUCUACAACAAGCUCCUUGAGUUCUUUCAAUGUGGUUGUUUCCUUGCAGAUGUUCGAGAAACAGUGCAACAACACAAAGGUUUUGUUAGUUUGCAAAAACAACUUCUUGCUGACACCCUAAAAUGGAGCCCUGAUGUUUGUGACGUUGAUAGUGGAACUAAUAUGAUCAAGCACAGAUUUUCUAGAAAAAAAGUUCUCAUUGUUCUUGAUGAUGUGGAUGAAAAAUCUCAAUUUGAUAGGCUUGUUGGAAAACGUGAUUGGUUUGGUUCAGGAAGUAGGAUCAUCGUUACAACUAGAAACAAACAUGUUUUAAAUGCACUUAAUGUGGAUGGGAGUUAUGAACCCCCAGAAAUGAAUGCUGAGCAGUCUCUUCAACUUUUCAGCAUACAUGCCUUCAGAAGGGAGCUUCCACCAAAAGAGUACGAUAGUUUCUCUAGAGAUAUUGCAUCCACUGCUGCAGGGCUUCCACUAGCUCUUGAAAUUAUAGGUUCAUUUUUAUCUGACAAGGAGAAAGUGGUAUGGGAAGAUACGUUGAAGAAGUUAAGGAAAAUACCAGACGAUGCAGUCCAGAAGAAGUUGAGAAUAAGUUAUGAAGCAUUGAAUUAUGAGCAACAACAGAUAUUUCUCGAUAUUGCAUGUCUUUUUAUAGGGAUGGAUAAAGCAACUGUAUUUCACAUGUGGGAUGACUGUGGCUAUUAUCCGCAUAAGGAAAUUAAUGUCCUUUGUCUAAUGUCUCUAGUAAAAAUGGAAGACGAUAAUGUAUUGAGGAUGCAUGAUCAGGUUAGAGAUCUUGGUAGGGAAAUUGUACGUCAGGAAAAUUUCAAGAAUCCGGAGAAGCGUAGUAGGUUGUGGAAUCAUGAGGAAGCCUUGGAAAUAUUGGAGGAACGGAGGGGAACUGAAGAAGUUGAAGCCUUGAGUCUUUGCUUUGAAUUAGGAUCUCAGAAGCCUUGCUUUACAAAUGAGGAUUUUGCAAGACUAGUGAAUCUCAGGUAUCUCCAACUGGAUUGCUCAGACCUUGUUGUGGAUUUUAGUCAUCUUCUGUCAAGGUUAAGAUGGCUCCGUUGGCGUAGUUGCCCUUUGCAAUUUAAGCCAACCAACUUUCAUAUAAAGAAUCUAGUCAUUCUUGAUCUAUCAGAUAGUGGCAUCACAGAAGACUGGGAGGGUUGGAACCAAAUCAAGGUGGCAAAUAAUUUAAAAGUUCUAGAACUUGCUAAUUGCGGCUUAAGGAGAACACCCAACUUUUCGACCCAUGCAACUUUAGAGAUAUUGGUUCUUCGAGGAUGUCAAAAAUUGGUUGAAAUUGAUUCAUCCAUUGGUCAUCUGAAGAAUUUGGAAGUGCUUGACAUUUCAAAUGCUCAAGUAAGGAAGUUACCUGAUGAAAUUUGGAUGUUAGAGAAGCUGGAAGUGAUAGAUGCCUCAAAAUGUCAUGACUUGGAGGGAGAUAUUCCUAGUAACAUUGGGAGACUUUCAUCUUUGAGAUUCUUGAACUUCUAUCAUACUGGAAUUCAAAGUCUACCAACAAGCAUUUGGAGGCUUUCUUGCCUCCAAACACUUGACUUAGGAUGCUGCGAAAAGUUUCAAUUUCUUCCAGAGCUUCCUUCAAGUUUAAAGAUCCUGAAUGUCACUUGUACAUUCCCAAAUCUCUCAGGUUUGAUUAAUUUACAGGAAUUGCAAUGCUUUGAGUGCCAUAAGGUUGUGGAGAUUCCUAGAGAUAUUGCAAAAUUAUCCAAAUUGGGGACAUUGAGAUUGGAGUCUAUGAAUAUUAGGUCUCUACCAGGAGAGCUUGCUGCACUUCCACAGCUCAAGGUACUCUAUGUACAAUUCUGUGCAAAUCUUCAAAGUAUCUCGGGGUUUCCCUCAACUCUGGUUGAGCUAUCUCUUGAUUGUUGUGGAUCAUUGGAAAGAUUACCAGAUCUGUCAAAUUUGAAAAGUUUGUUGGAAUUAACCCUUGCUGGGUGCGAUAAGCUGACAGAGGUUCAAGGGCUUGGAGAAUUAAAAUUAUUGACAAGUUUGGACAUAUCGGGUUGCGAUAAGCUAUCUAACCUUGAUUGGCUUGAACAGUUGACAUCGUUAACAUCCUUGGAGAUGCAUGAAUUCGAAUACCUUGAAAGGACACCAGAUCUGUCAAACUUAAAAAGGUUAAAAAGAUUAAAUACUUUUGAUUGUCAAAAACUUAUUGAGAUUCAAGGGCUUGACAAAUUGGAAUCACUGGAAGAAUUGAUUAUGAGUGGUUGCAAAUCCAUUGUAAGAUUACCCAAUCUCUCAAACUUAAAAAGGUUGGCACACUUGGAACUCGAUAAUUGCAAGAAAUCACGGAAGAUUGAGGGCCUUGGGGCUCUUGAAUCCUUGAAGAUGUUGGACGUGUCAGGUUGCACAUCACUGAGAAGCAUACCUAAUUUGCCAAACACACUUGUUUGGCGGUUCAAGGAUCCGGACUUUUGAAGAAUUAAAACCAUAAUAGUUUUGGACAAUUCUGGUGCAAGUGAAUUUAGAGACUAUUAGAUUUGUCAGACACAGUUCAAGUUAUGGCUGGAGAAGUUCAUGAAAUGCUCAAAUAUCAGUAAUCAGUAAUAUUAGCAACUAGCAAAACUCUUUAUGCUGAUAAGGAAGGAGUGGUCAUUUACGUCAAAUCAACCACCUAAAUAUUAGCCUUCUGAAGGAUCUCCCAAAUCAGCAUGGGUUAUUAGGAACAUGGUAAUUUUUCUCUGUACUUUGCCCUGAUGACUCAAUAGUGAAUAGUCUCGUGCAAUUAUAGAACAUUUGUAAUUCUACAGCAAUAUUACUCUCUUGGUCAUACACAAAUUUGCGACUCUCUCUCUCUUUCUUUUUGGUGUGUGCACCUGCAGGCGCUACAUGACUUCUGAGCCAAUCAUGGCAUUUAAUUAGAUUCUCUUAUGUUGACAUGAGUGGCGAAUGUGGAAGUUGAUGUUGCUGCUAUCAUUCCACUCUUCUGUCGCACGCGCAUUGGUGGUCGGUUGAGGUGAAAGUAUUGUGGAGAGGAGAUUCCUUGGACACACUCUGAUUUCAGAUUCAACUAUAUUUGCUUUGUUGAUCAUUGAGUUGACUACUGAUCAGUUGAAUGACACUUCUUCUGGACAUGGAACUCUGAAGCUAUUUAAGACUCAUCCGAAGGUGAAGGGUUGGUUCACUGGCCACAAGUAUCUCGAGAGGCCUUCCCAGAGGCAAUUAUCUGCAAUGAUUUCCAAAGGGACCGAACAGGCAUUGGCUGUCAGACCUCUUCUUCAUAGAUAAGGUUUCAACUGAAGAAGAGAGCCGCUGGGCAUGGUUUGAUACCGGCAAUAUCAACUCAUGACAGUGACGACUAACUCUGUCAAUUGCUCUCUGAUUGAUGGGAGAGAGUGUCCAUGAGUGUGAGUUUCCACUCUCAACAUCAUCUCUCCCAUCUGAGCGCAUUCUUUGGAAGCACCUGAGGUAAAGCUUGGUGAAGAGAGAUAAUUGCUUCAACCACAGCUAGUUGUUCAAGCCCAUUAACAACAGCUCGCUUGAAACUGUUGAUAGCAUCUACUACUACCAUAGUAGAAAAACCUCCAUUGGAUGAUUUGGACACUGGUGUUUUUUUUUUUUUCUGUGUUUUUUUUUUGGGUAAGUAAUUUGAACACCGGUGUUCUAGGGGUUUAAUGCAACUGCUCUUUACAUUA